AUGCCACCGCGAUAUGGGCCGCAGACUCAGACAUUGCUUGACGAUAUCAAAGUCGAGCAUCAUCCUCACAGCCAAAUUCCUUCUACUGUGCAUCGCUUCUCUGAGUUCUCUUGCAGCUGCCCAACAGAAGACUAUGUACCUCAUAACGACUCGCCAUGGGAGCCAUUCCGCACACGGCUUGAUUUCGAAGUAGCAGAGAUUGCACUCGAAGCUGCGAUGACAAAGGAUCAAACCAAUCGCCUUAUCAAUCUCAUACAUCGAUCUGCUAGUGGCAAUGACAUGUUCACACUGCAAAAUCAUGAUGAAGUCCGCUCCCUCUGGGACCUUGCUUCGCAACGUUAUACUAGAUUUCAGAACGAUGCAGUGUCUGUUCCCCUCGGAAAUGAAGUGCGCAAAUUCGACAUGCACUACCGCCCUCUCUGGGAUUGGGUCCUUGACUUGUUGCGAGACAAACGUCUCGCACCUCAUUUUGCACAAUCGCAGCUUCCGCCCGAUGCAAAACCACUGGCAUUCAUCCUCUAUGCGGACAAGAGUAAACUAUCGUCAUUUGGGAGCCAAAAAGGCUAUCCAAUCAUUGCGCGCAUCGCUAACCUACCGGUUCAUAUUCAUAACAGUAAUACUGCCCUAGGAGGUGGUCGUGUCGUUGGCUGGCUGCCCAUUAUUGUUGAGGAUCAAGAACAUGCAAAAAAGAAGAACUAUGUAGACUUUAAAAAUGCUGUCUGGCAUACAUCCUUCUACCAGCUUCUGGCCUCGGUUGUGAAGCACUCAAAUACAGGCUAUUGGUUUGAAUGCAGAGACGGAAUCCGACGUCAUCUCUGGCCCCUCAUUUUAAUCUUAAGUGCCGAUUACGAAGAACAAUGUAUCAUGGCAUUGAUCCGUGGGCUUAAGGGAAAAUUUCCGUGUCCAGUUUGUUUGGUUCCACAAGAUGAGCAGUCCAUUCUCCGUACCCAUGAGCUGCGCACAAGCCACCAAUCUGAAGACAUACUCCACACUGCAAGAUCAAAGCCGUCUGAGAAGGAAAAAGAGGAUCAUCUAAAGGCUUUCUCGCUUCAAAACGUUGAGAAUGUCUUCUCGAGAAUCCUUCAUGUCGAUGUUCAUCGUGCACUUUCUUUCGACCGCCUGCAUACAAACGAGGAAGGAUUAUGGGGUGACCAUUUGUGGAAGGAAGUAAAGUUUUGGAUUUUGGACCUCGGGCAUGAAGCGGCUGUCAAACUCGAUAAAAACUUCGAUGAACUUCCACGAUGGCCUAAUUUAACACAUUUUUCAUCUGUCGUCGCAGUUGAUUUCACUGAUGGUUCUGUUCUCAGUGAUCUGUCCAAGAUGAUCGUUUUUGCGGCACAGGAUAUCCUUACUUCAUCCCACUGUAAACUGGGACAGUUACUUCUUCGUUGCAUUCACUACUACGUCGAGUUUGAUAUUUAUGUCUCAUUAGAAGUACAUACAGAGGAUACAAUCGCAGCUGGAAGGCUGGCACUGCAAAAGUUCUCAGAAAUGAUGGAUGAAUAUAUUGCACAAUCGCACCCCGAAACCAACAAAAAUUGGAACUUUCCAAAGAAACACUUGGUCUCGCAUGCAUUCGACGAUAUUCUAGCCAAAGGUAUUCUACACUAUGAUGAAUGGCUUCUAACUUCGACAUCCAUGCGCUCUGAACUCGACAAACUCGACAAGUACAAUCAACAAGACACCUGUGACCCUGAGACCAACGAAGUACUGGAUGACUCCGACGCUGGAACAUCUAAAUCUACUACUAUUCACGCACAUUUAGGUUCAAGGCAGGGUAAUAACUCUUUUUCCGACAUCAUGCACUUGCAUGGAACUGACAGGGCCUUCACCAACUUUCGGAUGAAGCUAAACGACUUCUUAAAUGGCUUCCUGCCACAGAAUAACAUUCCAUUACCAGAUGGAAGGCGCAUUCACAUGCAAGCAGAGGAUACAAUAACAGAGUUUAGGUUCUUGCGGAUCAAUUAUGAAUCACUAGUCGACUGGUGCAUGCACCGAGACCUACUCCGAUGCAAUCCAAAGUUCUAUGGAUCGCCGAGAUACGACUGCGUCAUCGUGAACACUGCAAACACACCAUUCUUCACUCGCCUCGUAUACAUGUUCACUUGUUUGGUUGGCGGCACUGAAUUCCCUCUCGCACUUAUUCAGCCAUAUGACGUCGGUAUUGCUAAUAGUCGUCGGAGGCGGGAUAAUGAUAUGGGAUUGUGGCGCGUGCGAGCCAAACCUCGCUCUUCUUCUGAAAUCAUUUCGGUUCGGUCAAUCGUUCGGGGAGCUGCUCUUGCCAGAAAUCCCGAAACAGAUGGGGAUUACUUCGUCAUCCACACUGUGGACACUGACAUGUUCCUUCGAGUCAAGGCACUCCAGGCUAGCGCUCAACCAUUGUGA